AUGCAACGAUUCUUGGACACAUUUGGACUAGGUUAUCAUCAAGCAUUCGUAAGUCGUCUCUUAAUCGUAUUUGGCAUCAAAACAUUAUUCGUCUUAAUUGGUGUUUAUUUGAUCUAUCAGUUUUAUGCAUUUAAUCUUUGUCGUCAAUAUUUUGAUGCUAUACGAAAUGUUGACGCGAAUCUGUCAGAUCCAGAGGAGUUACGAGAACUGCAAUCGACGAGCGAUAAGGUGCAAUCAAUUGCUGAUAAGCCAUGA